GCAACAUACCUCAUACAAUACCUACCAACCUAGGUACCCUUCAUAAGAGUGCCAUUGGGUUAAUUGUACUAAAAUGCCUCAUUCAAUAUCCCCCGAGACUGAUAACCAAAAUACAGGCACCGUCGAAGAGACCAUGGCUGACGCCCCUGUUAACAACGACGACGGUCAAGACGUUGACAAUGACGUUACCAUGGAGGAGACAAAUGCAUUACCGGUUCCUAUAAAAGGGGAGGAUAAGAUGGAUGUUAAGCUGGAAGAUAUCUUUGAUUCUGAUAACUCGGACGACGAGUUCCCAUCAUGGGCGCCUGACGGACAUGUUCCCGCAACGGCUACGAACCCUGAGGUUAUGCGCACGUUCUACCAGCGAUUAUUUCCUUGGCGGUAUCUGUUUCAAUGGCUGAACCAUAGCCCGACUCCUACCAACGACUUUGGUCACCGCGAAUUUGCCUUCACUUUACAGAACGACAUCUAUUCCCGAUACAAUUCCUUCCCCACCGCUGACCUACUUCGAAAAGAUGUACUGCGUUUACUACCGUCCCGUUUCGAAAUCGGACCCAUGUACACGACGAACCCGCGCGACCGCAAGACGCUGCGGAACUCGAGCGCGUUCAAGCCGCUGGCCAAGGAGCUGUGCUUCGAUAUCGACUUGACGGAUUACGACGACAUCCGGACGUGCUGCAACAAGGCGAACAUCUGCAACCGCUGCUGGCAGUUCAUCACCAUGGCCAUCAAAGUGGUAGACGUGGCCCUGCGCGAGGACUUCGGGUUCAAGCACAUCAUGUGGGUUUACUCCGGGCGAAGAGGUGCGCACGCUUGGGUCUGCGACAAGAAGGCGCGCACGAUGGACGAUCAGAAGCGCAGGUCUAUUGCGGGAUACCUCGAAGUGAUCCGGGGCGGCGCGCAGAGCGGGAAGAAAGUUAACGUGUGGAGGCCGUUACAUCCGCAUCUAAGCCGGAGUUUAAAAAUCCUAGCGCCGCAUUUUCAAGAAGACGUUCUGGAAGUACAAGACCCGUGGUCCUCACCGGAGCGGGCAGAACAUCUCCUCUCCCUCCUCCCGGACAAAGCCCUAAACGACAGCUUGCGCAAGAAAUGGGAUUCUUCGCCGGGCCGCGCGAGCACGUCGAAAUGGGCCGACAUCGAUUCGCUCGCGCGCUCGGGGGGCGGCAGCAAGAACCUCGACACGAAAGCGCUGUUGGACGCCAAGCAAGACAUCGUUCUCGAGUACACGUACCCGCGGCUCGAUAUCGAGGUCAGCAAGAAGCUGAACCAUCUGCUCAAAUCGCCCUUCGUCGUGCACCCGGGCACGGGGCGGGUGUGCGUGCCGAUCGACACGCGGAAGCUGGAGGACUUCGACCCGCUCGGCGUGCCGACGGUGCAGGGGCUGCUAGAGGAGAUCGAUUCCUGGAGGCCUGAUGGUAACAGCGAUGGUGAUGGUAAUGGUAAUGGUGGGGGGGAGGACGGCUCCGAAGAUAAGGCCAAGAACCUCCAGGACUGGGAGAAGACGAGCUUACGCCCUUACGUCGAGUAUUUCCGGAGCUUCGUGCUGGCGCUCAUGAAGGACGAGCGGGAUCCGAAAAUUAAGCGCGAAAGGGAGGAGAGUCAAGCAAUGGAGUUCUAAUUGAGCCAUGCAUGGGGGAUUACGGGGCACUCUCGAGGUUUGUCAGUCUUUUAUGGCUGUAAUGUUAGGUACCUGUAUUCGGUGGAAUGAAUACCUCUCUCGGUAUUACGGCAUUAUGCAUGGAGUUUUAGGUAUUCUAAGGUUGGGGACUAUGUGAAUCAUACAGGUAGUAACUAUGAAAUAAAAGGUACCUUAUCUUUUUUUUCUUUUCUUCUUUGACGCCUCUCUCUCUAUCUCAUUAAUAGUAGCUUGUGCUUUUACGAUGUUUCCUGGCUGAGGAGUUUCUGUUUUACAAUAGCCACUAGGUCCUCGUCGUCCAUACCGCUCUUGUCUCGCCGAAAGCAGGCGCUCGCGAUGCUGAUGGUUUUGUCCCGGUUCUUCAUGCCGUGGGUGAUUUGCAAGUCGGACUUGGCGACGCCUAGGAUUUACACUGAAUAUCUCUAGUUAUAUGGAAGUGAAAUACACAUAUAUCAUCAAGUACCUAAUGCAAGAACAAUCUCGAUACUACCUACUCACCUCGCUUAAUAUCUCGAUG